GGAAACCGUUAUCGGACGUACAAAUGGAUCGUUGGACCGGUAAAGUAGCUGUAGUAACCGGAGCAAGCUCCGGAAUCGGUGCCGCAACGGCCAAAAGGCUAGUUCAGGCGGGAAUGGUGGUAGUGGGCCUGGCCCGCCGAGUAGAGCGUACCGAAGCGCUGAAGGACGAUCUGGAUGAAUCUAUCAGGCAUCGUUUCCAUGCGGUCAGGUGCGACGUUUCCAAAGAGGAAGACAUUCUCAAAACUUUCCAAUGGAUUGAAGAGACACUAGGAGGCGCCGAUGUUCUGGUAAACAAUGCUGGAAUCUACCGAAAUACGAAACUGAUAAAUGCUGAUAACACGACUAUGAUUCGUGAGGUGAUGGACACUAACGUGCUGGGGCUGAUCUUCUGCACCAGGGAAGCUUUUCAAUCGAUGAAGAAACGAUCGGUUGACGGCCAUAUACUGCAUAUCAACAGUGUAGCAGGUCACAAGAGCAGUCUGCCGAACAUGAACAUUUACUGUGCCUCCAAGUUUGCAGUAACGGCUCUGACGGAGACACUCAGGCAGGAAUUCAAGGCCGAAGGCACAAAGAUUAAAGUUACGAGCAUCAGUCCCGGGGCGGUGAGGACGGAGAUUUUACCGGAAUCCAUCACUUCCCAGCAGGGCAUUCCGAUACUGGAACCUGAGGACAUAGCCGAUGCUGUUUUCUACGCUUUGAGUACACCGCCUCGUGUACAGAUCCAUGAGCUUACAAUCAAACCUGUUGGGGAAAGGUUUUAAGAAGAUCACGAUCCUAAACAACC